GGCCCCGGCAGUUGCGAAAUUCUUUCGAUUGUGGGCGGUCUUCGGGCAAGACGUUAUUGUCAAACUCGAGCAACGCGAGCCUCCCAGCGGUGUACUUGUCGAUGGAGAUGAUGAUGUCCUAGGACUCGACCCGGCGGAAGCGCGAUUGCGGAACCUGGAUGCGUCCGCUAGACGCUACUUGGGCGAUUUGGAAACUUGGCUGUCUGAGCGACACGCGGUUGGACAGGAAUUUUUAGAGAUAGAGACUAGGCGGGUGGACGAAGACGAACAGUUUCAGUACCUUCCUGCAUGGAAAAACGUUACGAGGAGAGUGCCGCUUGACCAGGAGUUACGCAAGGCGGCUACGAAAAUUAGCGAGACCCACGAAGACGUACAGCAGUGGGCUCUUGAUGCUUCCUCCAGGGAAAUAGUAACCACCGGUUGGAAUCCGCCCUACCACGUUCGAUCACGCAUUUAUGAAGGCCUCAAAACGAAAAUCCUCAACCAAGAUGAAGAGGAUUAGCACGACGCUCGCUAUCAAACCAAGGUUUGCAUAAUUGCGCAGUAGGUGGCAUGAUCAGACUAGAUCGAGAGUAUGGAGUGGGUGUGGUCAUUUUCUAGGCUCGCAGCAUUGGUUUUGGUACUGACCCUGUUUGUACCGUACUUGACAUAAAGCAAGGCUCCAAAGUUCUGGAAUGCCACCCCGCAGCCGUGCUGCCAAUGUGCUGAAGCUGAUUCCCACUCGGAACAUUUUUAUCACCCUGAGGCUUUCAAUUUCAUACCCUUGCGUUGCACUCCCGAUGGACUCGGAC